GAAUCAACUUAUCUUCCCGUCUGUCAAACAUGUCUGCUAUUGUAUCUAAAGCUACUGGAAUUGUCAACAACGCUGUCGCCAAGUCCACCUAUUUGGCUAACCAAGCCGUCUACUGGGGCAAGGUCGGUGCUGAGGUGGGAAAAAUCGUCUACCAGAAAGAAGCUUUGGCACCUCCAAGCACCGCUCAAUUCCAACAGGUUUACAACAACGCAUUGAAGUUUGUCCAAACUCCAGCUUUGCAAAAAGAGUUUUUUCAGAAAGCUGCCAACUUCAAGCCCACCCGGGAAUGUGCCGUCAAGGCCGCCGUUUACGGAACUCAGUUAUUGGCCUUCUUUUCGGUUGGUGAAGUUAUUGGCAGAAGAAGCCUUUUCGGUUACCCUUCUGUUGGUGGCCACCACUAAUUGUACUUUACCAUCGCAUGUAUCCAUAUAUUCCUAGAAUAAACAGUUAUUGAUAUUUAUUAAAAUACACACUACUCUGAAGCAGCUUCCUCGGUUUCCAUAUGCUUUCUUCUUUUUGAUGCCUCGAUCAUCUGCUGCUUCUGCUUACGCUUGUGGCUCACUACUUUGGGAACCGUACUGAUUCCCUUUCUGGUGAUCUGAUUUUUUUUCAACAACUGCUUGUCUUUCUUGGUAAGCUUGUCUAUGUUCUCCAUCCACUCUGAAUAUCCACUUUCACAUCCCGAUUGCUUCAUCACGUUUAUGAUGGGCUUCACGAGCUUGUUGUCUUCUUUGGUGAAGAACGUGAUGGCUUUUCCCUGUUUCCCUCCUCUUCCGGUUCUUCCAAUUCGAUGCACAUACGCUUGUGCGCUCUGCGGAACAUCGUAGUUUAUCACCAAGUUGACCCCUUUGAAGUCCACACCUCUGGCCAACACGUCAGUGGUGAUAAGAACCCAGAUAUCUCCAUUUUUGAACCGUUUUAUCACCUCUUCUCGCUGUUUAGGGGUUCUUUCUGCGUGGAUCACAUCCACAUUGAGCUUAUCGUAUAACAAUUCAUGGAACAACGACUUGGCCCUGAUGAUGGACUGUAAGAAAAUGAUGAUGGACGGUUUGAACUCACCGUCUUGAAUGAGCUGUCUGAUGGCCAAAAGCUUUCCCUCUUCGUUUCCGGUGAAAAUGAGUUUCUGGUCAAUGGUGUUGCUGGCAG